GCCACAUUGGGCGGGUUCCCGCCCAAUUGGGCUGCUUUUGAUAAUGCUGGGCGGGGCAAAAUAGCCUUGGGCGGGUUGAUCAAAUUUGGGCGGGUUUCGUUACAAUUGGGCGCUUUUUUUAAAGACUGAAAACAUUCAAACAAACUAUUUGAUUGGCAUGUGUUACAUCCGCUACUUUCAAACCUCCCCGGCAAAUGUUGGGGAGAUUUGAUUCUUCCAUCUAUUAGCCAGUAAGCUAAUUGGCUUGUUCAGUGACUGUAGGGACAAUCAUUUGGAGUGGGGCUUUGGAAUCCAUGGAUACUGCGAUAUCAACAAUACUGUAAAUUCUAGCAAUUCAUUUUUGUGUUUGUGUAUAAGGGAUAGAGAGGAACAAUCGCGAAGGGGAGAGAACAAUCGGAACAAAUACAGGAGGCCUAGUAGUGUUUCUGUGCUUGUUGAAAAAAAAAAUAGAGAGCUAUAUACAUUUUAAAUAGGUUGGAUUUUGGAGUUUAAUUGUGGCUUAAUCUAGCGUUACAUGUCAUGGCAGAAUGUCAUUACUUUAUUGUGUUGAGCUAAAAACUUCAGGUGUAAUGUUUUUUCUCAUUCUGCUCUUAGUGAUCUGUAAAUUUAAUCUCCGUUUUUGCAGAUUAAAGCUUUGAAUGUUUGUGGCGUAUUUUCUAUUGAACAUGUCAUGGUUUUACACGGCUUUCUGGAAAAGUAAGGAUUUUGGCGGUUUUUUAUAGAAGUGGGCGGGUUUUAAAUUGUUAUUGGGCGGAAAACUGUCAAUCUAAUCUGGCAACACUGGCUCUGGUAUUACAUUUAGCACUGCAUGUUCAGUGUCGAAGUAAAUUUACGUACUCGGGUGUACAUGUACGUGUCCGUGCAAAACAUUUCCCAACAGGAUGUUCGUUCCGCGCUGCUCGGAAAUGAAACGCCACAUAUUUUCCCCUUCCUGUUCGUGUUGAAGCAUUUACAGGGUGAGCGAGGCUAUUUUCCCUAUGUUUUAAUUAACGCCGUUUAUCUUACAACAGCGAUAUAAAAAUGUGGUUAUUCACAGAGAUGUAGAAAAUGGUCAGGUGUGCCCCUUGUACCGAAAGGUUUUUUGACAAAACUGUUCUCUGAGCUAAAGCUACCAGCUAGCUAGCUAUCCUUUGACUGUGUCUGAGGUAAACUCUUAGGCUGCUGUUCCAUUUUCACCGCUUAGCGGCAGUAGAAGCCAGCAGAGCAUGGCGUCGUGCUGCGUCCCGUAACUGAGAACUUGGUCCCGAGUGCCAGGGGCCUCCCCCUGCCGCUGUGGAGCGAAAGGGAGAGAAACAGUCCAGACUCCAGACCUAACAAAACAUCCGCAGCCUCAAAAGCACGUCUCCCAGCCAGCUGGCAGCCUGCCUCUUCUUGGGCUGCUGUUCCCACAGGGAAUGUGAGAGAGAGAGAGAGUGCAGACUUGUUAAUAAAUUGCCUAACCGAAAUUUUGAGCCUGAUGCUGAAGACCAGAUUUUUCUAAAGCUUCGUCCUUAGUGAUCACGCGUGCACACUCCUCACUAUGCAGAAACCAUCUCGCUGUCAGCACAAUUGUGCUCAGGGCAUUUACAGAGCUUAUGUCAACAUAGUUUUAUCUCAAGUCAUUCCCUUGUUUUAGACAAACACUCUAGUUAGCUCACAGCGAUGAAGCAAUCUUUCAUUGAUUAGGGAAUAGGUGAUUCUAUGGCCUGCUUACAGAGAAGACAUUGGUUGGACACUACAGGGUUAAGUAUGAUUAUGUUAGGGGAGAUAAUAAAGAAGCAUGCAGCUGGUGGACGUUAAACACCAGGAGGAGGAGAGGAAGGAGAGAGAGAGACCUCUGUUCAGGAAACGUGUAGUCUACUAUGUGUUUGUGACAAUCCCCACCAGUCAGGUGUAUCUACUGCGGCUUGUAAGCACCAGCUGUGGACGUGUCUCAAUACUGCGUGUGGGGCAGGGGGGGAGGAGACAAUGUUCAGGGGACUUAAGGCACCACUCAGCCCCCCCCCACCCCUUGACCUGACAAGGACAGCGAACGUGCCUCCACCCCCCCCCACCCCCCUCCUACCACCUCUGACCCCCUGCGGAGGAAUGAGCCAGGCGAGCCCGAAGCGAGAGGGUGUUGACCCCACAGCUCUGAGGGACCAGCUCUUUGACCUGUGGACCCGCAAGGAAUUGGAGGCGCUGCGUGCCACUGCCCAGCAUGGCUUCUCCUCCCUGGCGGAGCCUCUGGCAGGCCUGUUGGAGCUCUUGGAGGGCUGCCCGGGCAAGCAGAAGGGCAGGGCCUCCACCCUGGGGCACUGCAUCCUGCAGGAGUUUGAGCGCUGGAGACGCCCCCACCCACAGGUGCAGAGCUCCACAGAUGUCUGCAGCCAGGUGAGCCUCCAGGCUGUGCCAGAGGGCCAGGCUGUGGGCCUGCAGCUCCGGGCCCUGGGGCUUCUCACCGACGCCCAGCCCAGCUACAUGGAGCCCCUGCUGGACCUGUACCAGCUGGGCUCCCUGGACCCAGCCCUGCUCAGGCAACACAUCAGCAGGCUCCUGGCGCUCUGCUGCUACAGGGAGGCCGCCGUACUGAGCGCCAAACUAAAAAUGCAGAGAGAGCUCGAUAUAGAGGAGGUGUGUGUGCCCCUGAUCCUGCAUGACAAGCUCCCGCUGGCAGAGUCCUGGGUGGCUGGUCACCCUGACCUGGAGGAGCGUCUGGUCAUUCUGCUUGACUCGUGGUGCCAGCCCGGCUUUAACCCAGCCCAGCUCCAAAGGCAGUUCGCCAACCUGAGUCUGUCCAAACACCAGAUGGACCAGAUCCAAGCUAAGCUGCUUAGCAAGCAGGUGUUCAGACUCAUGGACAAGUUCAGUAUCGACCCAGGACUGUGUCCCAACUCUGUGUACAAGCGUAAGCUGGACAGCCUCCGCUUCCUCAUGUACAAGAGGUUUGUGGAGAAGGGCAUGUCUGACGAGAACUGGAAGGACCAUGUUCAGUCCACAGUGGCGGGGUGUCCAGAGCUGCAGGUCCACCUGGUGGAGCUGGUUCUGAAGCACAGCGGGCUCCAGAGCGCCGCCCAGUGGUCACUUCAGUACGGCGUCCCCAGAGACAGGCUGCCAUUCGGGGUUUGGGACACCCAGCAGAGCCUGCCAGCCUCGCUGAGGUAUGUGUGUGGGAACGACUCUCCCCAGAGCGAAGAGUGGGACCCUCCCCUGUCUCACCGGGAUAGGUUCUACCAGCUGCCAAUCACCCGAGACAACGUCCACUUCCUGGAUACACAGGACGGACUUCAGCGCUGCCAAGACAUCAUACAGGCGGGCCGUGUGGUGGGUGUGGACAUGGAGUGGAGGGCUGGCUUCGGCACCGUCAAGGCCCAACGUGUGACUCUGAUCCAGCUGGCCGUUCAGGGACAGGUGUUCCUGCUGGACCUGUGUGCCGACGGGUUCUGGCAGCACAGCGGGACCGUCCGCUUUAUCAGAACCCUCUUUUCAGAACCCCAAGUUCUCAAGCUAGGUUAUGGGAUGUCAGGGGAUCUGAAGUCCCUUCUGGCCACCUGGCCUCAGUUCACUAAGGAGCCCCUGAAGACAGAGGGGGUGCUGGACCUUCUCAAUGUUCACCAGCAGAUACAGCGCAGCGGCCGUGGGAGGAGCGGGGCUUCGCGGAGUGUCCUUGUGGGGGACGGGCCAGCAGAGAAGGGCCUCAGCUUAUUGGUCCAGCAGAUUCUGGGCCGGCCCCUGGACAAGAUAGAGCAGCUGUCUAACUGGGAGAGACGACCCCUCCGCACCAGCCAGUUACGAUAUGCAGCGGCUGACGCCUACUGCCUACUGGAGGUGUACUCCGCCCUCUCUAAGGACCCAGCAGGCUUCGGGCUGCCCGCCGACCUGCACUCCGUCUCCUCCGCCCAGGCGGGGAAGAAGACUAAAGAGGACAAGAAGCGGAAAGAGAAGGCCAAACAGGCUCGCCAAAGAGAGGAACGCCAGCGUGGAGGGACUCCUUCGCCGGCCCGAGCCCUGGAGGGGAGGAGCCCGCUGGCUGGGGAAGCCGGGGCGUGUGUGGGGCCCCCCAUCUCCCCCCAGCAGCUGAAGGUGGUGUGUGACAACAUGCUGCAGGGGCUGGGGAGGUGCCUGCGCUCCCUGGGGGUGGAUGUGCGGAUGCUGGAGAACACUGAUGACCACCGAGUAGCAGCACAGCUUGCUCAGUCAGAGGGCCGAGUCAUUCUCACCUGUGGACAGCCCUUCCACACCCUGAGGUCCCAGGUGGGCGAGGGCCGGUGUCUGGCGCUGGACUGUUCAGAGAAGGCCAAAGACCAGGCCAUCAGGGUCCUCCAGCACUUUAACAUCCAGCCCACCAAGUCGGACAUCUUCAGCCGCUGUCAGGUUAGAUCCUCACUGUGUGUGUGUGUGUGUGUGUGUGUGUGGGCCUGGUUCAAAGACCCAGUGUUCCAGAUUCUCACUUCCCUAUGUCUGUGUGUGAGUGUGGGAAUGUGGUCCAGUGUGCACAGCAGCCGGGCUGGUGAGGGUGGAUGCAGAGGGCUAGGUCACGACAGAUCUUCAUUCUGCCCGCACAGCCAAAGAAGUGCGGCAAGGUUUCAGCCUGGGAGAUUUCAGUUUUUUCCCAGCAAAAAGGACAAAAAGUGCUUAUCCGACAAUAUUACCUACCCUGCUUUUAAGUUGUGUGUGUGUGUCAGUGGAAAUGAAUGUAUAACCAAAUAGGGUGCAAACAUGAGAGGAGUUGGAGAGGUGGAGAGAAAGGAAGGGACAUGGAAGGAAGGCUCUCUGAGAAGACCUGCUUUGUGCUGGAAGUUUCUGUCUGGUCUGUUUUCAGGAGAGCGGGAGGGUUUGAUACAAAUAUAUCAUGUCCUUCAUUGAUACAUUUACAUUUAUGCAUUUAGCAGACGCUUUUAUCCAAAGCGACUUCCAAGAGAGAGCUUUACAAAAG